AUGUCUCCUCCGAAAUCUUCGUCGGGUAAAGCCACGAGACCUUUGAUCCCGGGUGUUUACGGCCCUCAUCAGCCAUCAAUUCUCUCGGCGGAGAAUAUAGCCGAGAUUAGAGGGUCCACUGGGAUUCCGCCGGAGAUCGAGAUCAAGUUCCCGGAGGCUCACGAAUCCGCGGAGAGUCCCCCUCAAGGGUACUGUUGCGCGUUUAAGAUAUUUUUCUCUGCGUGUGGUCUGUCGUUUCCCCUCCCCGAACUCAUCGUAAAGAUGAUGUUCAAACUAGGUUUCGCUCUCCCCCAGAUGUGCCCGAACUUCGUCCGAACCGUCAUGUGUCUGCAAACUCUGGGGGAAGAGUUUGACUACAAACUAUCCCUGGCCGACUUUCUUCAAGUGUACACGGUGAAGAUAGGUCGCACCAAGGGCACGCUCUACGUAAGUCCGCUUUCCGGACUGAAGGUCUUGAUGACUUCCCCGAGAAGGACGAGAAGUGGCGGACUCACAUUUGGCCACCUCGCAAAUCACUUUGAGCCCGGGGUUCUUUGCCCUACCUUCACAGAGUUUUUCUCGAGGUUUUGCAGCCAGGGUCCGAUCGCCUGGGACUCCUUUUCGUCUGAAAGGAUUAGAGAAUCCACAGCGCGGCUCAGGGGACAUUCUCUCAUUUGCUCCGACCCCAUAAGCACUUCGGAGAUUAACUACAGAGAGGAAAGGGCUUGCCGAAUCCCUGAGAGGGAGGCGAAGUUAAACAUGGUGGCAGCGCUUGCCGAGGGCAAAGCUCGCCUCCCUAAGAAGUCUGGUCCAUCUACCCCUAAGGUAGACGGGACUUUGGCAUCCCCUGCUGGCCCUUCCCAGCCUCUUACAGGGGGUUCCGGGCCCCUGCCCAGUCCACCCGAGCCUUCCGUAAUUGUCGUAGCGGACUCUAGUGACGAGCCGCGAGAGGUUAUAACUCCCUCCGUCGAGGUCAGCUCCCAGCGGGCGGACUCGUCCAAAAAGAGGAAGGAGCCUGAGACUUCCUUGUCUUUUCGUGAGAAGAGCCGAGCUCGGACUGGUAAGUCCAGCUCGAAAGAUAGGGGUCCUUCCUCGGAGAGGAGGUCUAAGGAAGUUCCCUCUACAAAGGAGUCCGGGGAUUCCUCUGGCAAUCUGCCUUCAAAGGAACGUCGUCCUUCCCCCCGAGCUGACCUGAUGAGGAGCUACACUCGGCCAGGAGUUUGGGUUCCGGCGUUUGCGGACAUGUCCGAGCUCAACCGUGCGAACUUCUUCUGUUUUGCGGACAAGAUUGGCGAGCUGAUGAUCGAGUUCAACUCCUCGGUGGCGUCUUAUGAAGACCAGAUGUUUGCCUCUCCCUCAUCUUCCGAGGUGAGCCUUCUUCGAGAAAAGAUUGCUGACCUGGAAGCCCAAGUGAAGGAGUAUGCUAGGCUAGAAGCUGAGAACGCUACUACCGUGGAGAGAGCCGAACAAAUCCGGGCUCGGAUGAAGAAAGCCGAGGUACAGGUGCUCGACCUCGGAAUUGCCAACGAAUACCUCCGAGACAAGCUAAAGAAGGCGGGGGACCUCUACUAUGAGGCCGCGGAGGAUGCAAAAGCGGCGAAGAACAAGUUGCACAAAAUCGAGAUCCGUAAUCAGCUGCUGGAAGCGGGCAACAGCUGCAAAAUUGAGAGAGCUCGGAGAGAGGAGAGGCAGGCAAUGAGGCAAACUCUCCGCCCUUUGGUCGAAGAGAUAAGGGUCACUUUCGAGGAGAGGGAGAAACUAACUCCACUCAAGAUCCGAGCCGCUGAGAUUAAGGCUAAUCGGAUGCUGAUCGAGGAGAUCUCUAGGGGAGAGAUCCAAGAUAUGGAUGCUGAGCUCGGACUUCUGAGAGCCGACGAGGAGGAGGCCGACGGAAAAGUUUCAAAGGUAACCCUCCAUGAUCUCGACCUUUCUGUAUUCUCCGACCUCUUGGUGGAAACGCCCGAGCUCUUGUGCAUCGAGCACCCUUUGAGCAUUACGAUCGACGAAUCCGGCACUAACCUCGGACAAAUGUCGAAGCAGGGAAUGGACAACUUUCUGGCGAAUACGAGGUCGGAAGCGGAGCUUGCAGAGAUAAGCAUGGACCUCGAGACUGGUUUUCUCUCUGAAUCCUCGAGCUGA